UACCCGCUGGGGGCUUUGCAGAGCUGUUCCGCAGUGCCAGGCAGCUCCAUUACCCACCCGCGAGCACGGGCGCCCCGCAGGAGGGGGACAGCGAGCGCUCACACGGCCUGUGCUCCGGCCCGGCCCGGCCCGCCCUGUCCCCGCUCUGUGCUCCGGUGGGGAAGCACCUUCUCCCCGUGCCCCCCGCGGCCUCUACUCGGGCUUCGUCCCGCUUCUGCGUCCUCCGAGCGCCUCCGGCGCCCGGGAGCCGCGGGGCAGCGGGAGGAGGCGCGGGGGGGGGCCGCGCUCCGCCCCGGCCAUGGCGGCGCUGCUGCGGCGGGGGCUGCGCGGCGCCGCGCUCCUCGCCGGUGCCCCGCGGCGGGCGGCGGCGGCGCGGCCCGGGAGCCCGGAGCCGCCGGCCACGGCGCUGGAGGAGGCGGAGAGGCUGCUGCGGCGGGAGCUGCCCGAGGAGUGGCCGCCCGAGCGCCUGGCCGAGGGCUUCGGCGUCAGCGCCGACGAGGCGCGCAGGGUGCUGCGGAGCCGCUGGAGCCCGUCGCCGCGGCGCGCGCAGCGGCAGGACGCCAGGGCGAUGGGCGCCACCGGGACCGGGACCGGGACGGCGCCGAGGCCGGUGCCGGUGCCGCCCGCCGGCGGGGCGCGGGGCGGCGGCCGCGAGGUGCUGGCGCCCGACGGCAGCCUGCUGUACCGGCUGCCGCGGGGCCGGGGCGGGCCGGGUGCGGGGCCGGGCGCUCAAUAAACGGCCGAACGGUGCCGCCUCCCGCCGCCGCGUUUCCGUGUUUCCCGUCGGGCCGCGCGUGCCGGCGGCGGCCAUGGGCUCCGAGGCGGCGCGGCUGCUGGAGGCGGCCGACUUCGCGGCCGAGAAGCACAAGGCGCAGCGGCGGAAGGACCCCGAGGGCACCCCCUACAUCAACCACCCCCUCGGCGUCGCCAGGAUUUUGGCCCAGGAGGCCGGCGUGACCGACAUCGUCGUGCUGCAGGCCGCUCUCCUGCACGACACAGUGGAGGACACGGACACCACCUUCUCCGAGAUCGAGGAGCGCUUCGGGGAGGAGGUGAGGCGCGUCGUGGAGGAGGUGACGGAUGACAAGACGCUGCCCAAGGCGGAGCGCAAGCGCCUGCAGAUCGAGCACGCGCCCGGCUGCAGCCGCAGGGCCAAGCUGGUGAAGCUGGCGGACAAGCUGCACAACCUGCGCGACAUCAGCCGCUGCACCCCGGCAGCGCUCCCCGCUGCGCCGCUGCUCCUCGGGGGAGCGCGUGGAGGACCCGGCAGCUCCGCAGCGGCCCGUGCUGGGACAGCCAGGCCCAUCCCCUUCCGACGGGCGAGGAACGGGCCGGGCCCGGCACCGGUGCCGCCUCCUUCGCCGCAGCGACCCCGGGGGCUCGGCGAGAGCCUCCCCCGGCCUGGCCUCGCCUCCCCGCGGCCCCUCCCCCGUGCUGGGGCCCCGGGGGCGCUGCUGCGUGCCGGGGGGGCGGGGUCCCGGUGCCGGUGCCGGUGCCGGUGCUGACGCGCCCCCCGCAGGCUGGUCGGCGCAGCGCGUGCAGGAGUACUUCCGGUGGGCGGCGCAGGUGGUCGGCGGCCUGCGCGGGACGAGCCCGCCGCUGGAGGCGGCGCUGCAGCAGCUCUUCGAGGAGCGCGGCGUGCUGCUGUGACGGGCCGGGCCGGGCCGGCGGCCCCGCGGCGGCGGCAAUAAACGAGCGAGUCGUCA